GAAGAGAUGGUGACACAAAACUAAUAUUACAGUUAAACAAAUUUAUGUCAGCGCGAUUGGAUUGGCAGAAUGUCUAGAGUUACGUUGAACAAAAAUAGUUCCAUCAGACGUCGCCAGUCUCGAUCAUUGCAUAAUAACUGCGAUUCAAAAUCAAAAGCAGAGCCAAGAACAGUUGACAUUGUUGAAGUUAUAGCAGUCAAUAAUGAUAAAUGCUCCGUUCUUAUAUCUAUUGAAGCUAUAACUGAAAGAUUUAAGGACGGUAUUGUUCUUUUUGACAAUGGUAAGAUUUUUGUUUAUCUAAACAAACAUAGCACUUAUCGGACGGCUUUAGAAAAUGUUCCAGACAAGCAUAUAAAGAACUUGUCAGAAAUGCACGAUGUAUGUGCUUUAUACGAAGUUUUCAUAACAUAUCGAAAUGAAAUGGGAAAGAUACAGAUAAUACCCAAUAAUCUGUACUGUGGAUCAAUUUUCCAACACCUACACGAAGAACGAAUCAAAGCAUUUAUAACGAUCGUAAAUUUUGAUGAGCUAACAAGAUCAGAAAAUAUUACUCAAGCUUUUGACAUGUGCGAAAAUUGUGAAACAAAAAGUUUCGUGGGACCUAUGGUACGUGAGUGCAACUGUCAGAGCAAAGGAAUCGAUUUCCGUAAAAUCAAAGAUGAGGAAAAGUGGUUAAAAAGUGAAGAAAAACUUUCGCUUACGAAUACAAAAAAGAAAAUAUUUCGCAGCCUAAAAAAAGUUCCUAUUCUUUUUCAAUAUCUUACUCCGCUUCAAAAAUUACCGUGUCUUAUUCCACGAGAAAUAAAAAAGAUUUAUCCAAUAGGUCCAUCAUUUCAUGGACAAUAUAAUCAACCAGUACAUGCAAGUGAUGAGCACGGAUUUGACGAAUCUCACAGUGAACAAGUAAUAUCCACUGAUCAUUCGCUUCCCUUUAAUAGUGGUACUACGUUUGUUAUUGGUCAGGAAUCAAGUAUACAUCAUUAUCGUAACAAUUAUAGCGCCCUAGGACUUAACAAUACACACCUUCUUGCCAGAGAAACAAAUAAUACACCUCAACGAAGACCACGACCUUCUGCAAAAUAUCCAAGUUAUGACAACUACGCUGAGAGGCUUGUGUCAUAUGCGAGAUGGACUCACAGACGUCCAGAGCCAACCACUCUUAGUGAAGCUGGGUUUUUCUUCACAAAUGAUAGUGAUCUGGUUCGUUGUUUCCAAUGUGGUAUCGGACUCAAAGACUUUUCAGAAGAUGACGAUCCAAUGCUAGAGCAUGUUCGGCAUUCUAAAAACUGUCCCUUUCUCCCAGAGCUUCUAGGUGAGGAAGUUCUGACAAGGUACAAGGAACGUCUUCAAGCUAUUGACCCUGAAUACAAUCGUCAACAACAAUGGGCUCAAAGACAAAACGGGACAGUAACGAGAUCUGAGAUCCGACACCCUGAAUACCAAACAUUAGAAGCCCGUCUUAGAUCCUUUACAAACUGGCCAGAACAUAUGAUACAAACUCCACAACAGUUAGCCGAUGCAGGUCUUUAUUACACUGGUUGCGAAGAUCAAGUCCGUUGUUUUGCUUGUGAUGGAGGUUUACGACGUUGGGAUGCUGAAGACGAUCCUUGGACAGAACAUUGUCGUUGGUUCCCCGCUUGUCCAUUUGCUUUGGAACAGAAGGGAGAACAAUUUAUAGCUUUAGUUCAGGCGUCUGUUGAAAACCAGGAAUUCGGAGCAAGCGGUGGUGGAGAAGAUAUAUCUCCAGCCAUGGAACUUUUAAGAAUUAAAGAAUCAGCUUUUGAAGCUAUUAUGAGUCAGCAUAAAACAGAUUUACUGGAAAUGGGCUACAAAGAAGACAUUAUGAAAGAAUCUAUAAAUGAACUUUUAGAUCGAGGAAAAGAGAAGCCUACAGUAGAGGAGAUUAUUGAUUUAAUAGAUAUAAUAAGAGAAAGGAAAUCGAAUAAUAGACAAACAUCAAUGGCAAAUGAAACACCUUUGGAGGAAAAUCAGCGGCUUAAAAGUAUUGUUUAUUGCAUGAUAUGUCGUAAAAACACUGUCAAUGCAUUGUUUUUACCAUGCGCGCACCAUGAAUUAUGCAUGACAUGUGCAGAUCCUUUCGACACGUGUCCAGUUUGUCACAGAGUGAUUCGAGAGAAAAUCCGCACUUUUAUGGCCUGAGGUUUGACGAGUACCGUAUAUCAAAACAGAUUCUUAAUACUUUACAGACAUUAUACUGCUUUGCUUAUAUCCUUAUUAUUUAAUUACAUGUGUAUGACACUUGUAUAUGUGUUAAACCGGCAAUGAUAAGGAAACAUGAACAUAAAGCAGAGUUAGUUAAGGAAACAUGAAUACAUAGCAAAGUUCAUCUUGACUGUUAUAUGUUAUGAAUAACACCUUAAAGCUGCAUUAAAUAAAUAUUUAAAAAUAUUGAGCCGUCGGCCUAAAAACCAAACAUUCUACAGUUUUAUUAACCUUUUUAACAGUAUGUUGUAAAUCUCAUCAAAUAUUGUUCAUAAAUUACAAUUUUAAACGGAAAACCCCACAGUAACACUAAAGUUGGUAUACGAAUUUUAUCACGCACAUGAAAACUAUUAUCCGCUCGUGUAUGCGCUACGUCACAGUAUUAAAGUUGCUAUCCCGAACACAGCAAACAGUUUAAGCUUCAAGGUGCAUUAGACCUGGCGUUAAGAAAAAAAGUAAUCAUCUCAUUAAAAAAGAUUUAAUUUGUAUGAAAACAUCCGUUACAAUGCAGAAAUAUACUGUUAUGUUAGGACUGCUACUUAUAGUCUUGCUUGUUGAUUCAAUAUUGAUGUACGGAUUAUCCGAAGGCGGAGUUUCUCUUGCAAACAGAAAUUGUACUUCCUUUUCGCCACAAGGAGGUUGCAUAUUUUAAUGUUUGAUGCUUAAAAACUCGUUUCGGUUGUCUGGACACCAAAAUAAGAUCUGGAGUCGAUAUGAAACUCAAUUUAUUAUUGAAAUGUCGCUAUUUCUGUUUUUAUGAUAUUUAUUAAAUGCAGCUUUAACAAAUAAAACUAUUUUAUCUUCAUUUACCUCGUAUUCAACACAUGUAUAGUCAUCGCAGUACCAAUUUGUCAACUCAUACGUUAUCAAAGCAAAUUAUUGACAUGUAUGUUUGCCUUACAGUUUGAAAUAUACCUAGUACGUUUUGAGCACAAUGCGCAUAUCUAAGCUAAGCUAUUCAUAUUUGAAGAACUUAGUAAUGGUAUGCCAUGUUUUCAUAAGUUCAUUAAUGUUUAACAAACUUUCCUGAUGAUAUUGUCAUUGUAGUAUUGAGUAAUAUGAUUAAGGUUUCAAAUUUGAUAUCAAGGUACUUGAGAAAUGAUAAAGGUAUUACGAAUGGUCUUUUACACGUUUUCAAUCAUCACUGAAUUAUUU